AUGGCUGAAAAGCAACCGGGUUCCCCUCAGGACGAUCAUCCCUCGGGAAGUUCUCCAGCUGUUCGCCCCGAUCAGAUCCAGCAACUUGUGGACACAUGCAGGGAAGCGAAACACUUUUCCUAUUGCCCUUACAGCAGCUUCCCGGUGGGGGCCGCAGUCCUGACUUGGGAUGGCAAGGUUUUCUCCGGUUGCAAUGUUGAAAACGCAAGCUAUCCCCUGGCUGUAUGUGCCGAACGCACGGCCAUCCAGAAGGCAGUGUCUGAAGGCUAUACAAGAUUUCGAGCCAUGGCAGUUGCUAGCAAUAAACAAGAAGCCUUUGUUGCACCCUGUGGAGCUUGCAGACAAGUGCUGAGAGAGUUUGGCAAAGAAUGGGACGUCUAUUUGACCAAGCCUGAUGGGUCGUAUAUAGUGAAAACUUUAGAAGAACUUCUACCUUACUGUUUUGGACCAGAAGAUCUGAAAACGCCCUGA